GACAAUGCUCGAGGAGGACCUGCGAGUGCUCGGAGUUUUCGAACGACGAGUGCUAAGAACGAUCUUCGGUGGCGUACAGGAGAACGGAGUAUGGAGGCGUAGGAUGAACCAUGAACUCGCACAGCUCUAUGGCGAACCCAGUAUCCAGAAGGUGGCUAAAGCUGGACGGAUACGAUGGGCAGGGCAUGUUGCAAGAAUGCCGGACAACUACCCUGCAAAGAUGGUGUUCGCCUCAAAUCCGGUAGGAUCAAGACGACCAGGAGCGCAGCGAGCAAGAUGGUUAGACCAGGUGGAGCGAGAUCUGACGGAGAGUACUCGGUGUCCGAGGAAUUGGAGAGCGGUAGCCCUCAACCGAGUUACAUGGAGAAAUUUUGUUCAACAGGCUUUGUCUUAGGACGGCAAGCCACCUAAAUCCAGUAAACGAUUACUAGCUUGAUCCCAGUUUUUCACUCGAAGUCCGUCACAGAAGUCGGUUAGCAAAGUCCCCGUCGUCGUAGUGGUGGCAACGGCAGUGGGGAUUUGCUGGCUCACAGUCGUAUUCCAACCGAUAAAGUCGACGCGACGUUGUGGUUGGGAGGAAAAAAAGCUGCCAGUGAGUGAGAGAAGAAAAAAAUAGUGUGAAAUGCUAACUGCAUGAUAUGCAAAGCGAGGUGAGCAAGUGGAAAAAAGUGCUGCCAUCUUCGGGCGCUCUUGAGUGGGCAGCUACACAGUGAUGAUUUCCGGUGUGAUUUGGUGCAAAAAUUGGAUGUAAAAUUAUUCAUUGUUAUGUAAAGUUGCGAUUCCCCUUUUCAAAUCCCUGAAAGCAAGGCAAAAUCGGUGUAGUGCUUUUGUUUACAGUGCAUUUAGAGCAAACACCGCGGAAAGCGUCCACAAACCGAGUGGAAAAGCUGUUCUGGCAGUUUAAUUGAAAUUUGAACUUUUUCGUCCACCGGAAUUGUGUAUGAAUGGGUUCCAACGUGUCGGUGCGUUCGGGGGAAAUAUUAAAAUUCCUUAGAACAGUGUAAUAAGGUAAAGGCAAAAAUUGAAAUACCCGAAGCAGUCAAGUGGAUACGAUUGCGUGGCGGUGAAGUGGAAAUUUUUCCCGUUUUUCACAGUAACGAGUCUAGUUUAGCACUUUACAUUUACCAGGUACGAGGUAAGCAGCAGCACGAUGGAAUUGAGGAUUGCACCGGUUAUACGAUUCUUUACGAUAGUCACCGUUGUUAGCUGUGUUCCCAUGAAAUAUGGAAUUGGCUACCGAAGCAGUAUUGAUCUGGAUGCGGAACAGACCGAAGCCCGUUACGAUCAGGGCAUGCUGUCGGACAUCAUGAACGACGACCAGGUGGAGAUGCAGAAGGCCGAGAGCUGCGUGGCGGACAAUUUCAAAUAUGACCACGGCCAGAAGAUUCAACGAUUUGAUCCCUGUGAAAUCUGUCUCUGUAUAGACGGGGAGAUAUUCUGCUGGUGGAAACAAUGCGAUGCACCAGAAAUAUCGGAAAUAUUGAACGAAAACCCUGUUCCUGCUCAGAUGACUGCCGGUCCGCCGGCCGUAGCGGAUCGACCGUUCGCUCAGCAAACGCAACUGCCAGCCACAGCUGUUUCGGUGGCUGUUUCAUCGUCGCCGUUGGUAACAACGACAGAGCGGCCGCAAACUACGCUGACAGCGCGGACGACCGGGAAAGUGACCACUUCAUCAAGUUCUCCCCCUCAGCCACCGACCACGUCGUCAGCCGUUCUAGCCGUUCCCCAUUCCGACCAAUCGGACAGAAGUGAACGAAUAUUGCACCAUCCUUCGUUGCAAAACAUUCCCCAAAACAUACUGCUGUUUCCGCAAUCUCCACCAAUUCUGAUGCAUAGGCCAGUGGCCAGUGGUAUAUCGAAAAAUGCGACCAAUUUUGCUAGAACCAGCAGUACCAGUAACCGUAACAAACAGAAGGGACCGCCGAAAAAAGUCAAACCACUUCAUUUGAACGACGGAGCAACGCUUGAUGUGAACAGCGACAAAAAGUCUUACCGGAAGUCAAAGAGCAAAGGUUACUCGGUCAACUAUGGUCACAGCAGUAGUGCACUACUAAGGAGUAAUGCCGAACUGCGUGGGGCUGCGGCGGUGACUGACAGAAUCGGUCCAGAUGAGCGAACGAUUUUGAAUGAUGAAGUGAGUGAAUCCGAUGGCAGACGACUUACGGAACGUAUGAAAGCCGAUGGCGAUGGGGAAGAUAAUAAUGGCGAUGAUGAUGACAUUGAAGAUGAUGACGACGACGACGAUGAGGAUGAAAGUGAUGAAUCGGAGGAAGGACAGGAUGUUGAGAGUGUUUAUCGGACUCGUACCGGUUCCAGCAGCAGCAGCAUCAGCAGCUCCGGGCGGAAUUCUGGUGGUUCCUUUGGUGGUUUUGGAUACGGAAUGAUUAAGGAGCCAGAAGAAGACAAACAGCAACAUUAUAUCAUCACAUCGUCAGGUCACGUAGAAAUGUUCGACGAUACCAGCAUGGAUGCAACGGAGAAUGCUUUUGGUACGAACCGAUUGCCACCACAGGAACAGCAGCAGUUGGCAUCCAGCAGCACUAGCCAACCAAUGGCCCUGGUGUUCGGGGGAACGUUGAUAGAUCACCACCCACCGCAGCUGGCGGGUUCAUCGGUCCGAGAAAUUGACGAACAGAGCCGACCGAUUCCGCCCUUGAUAUCAAUGACGACAAACGUAACGCAGUACUCAAAUUAUUCCGACCGACAGCUGGCCGAUUCGGGUGGGUCCCAUGGUGAAGGGCUAUCAGUGGCGUCGUAUGUACUACCGCACGCAACCGGUUCCGUAAUUGAUGUGCUCAACUCGACGGUGGAAGGUGACUACCUGGACGAUAAUCAAACGGAAUUGAUCUACCCAGCUGUUCCCGGCUCGAACGGUGAUGCGAAUGGCAGCAGGGCAGCACGGAUAAAAGCUAGCGGUCAACCAGUAAAAACGACCGGUACGCAUUCGGUUGCGGUCGACGGAGCAAACGAAAGGAGUUUGCCCGAGCCGCAUUGCGUUGUUAUGGGCGUGUCGUACAAAGUUGGCUCGGUGCUGAAGCAGGAAACAGGAAACUGUCUGCACUGCGUCUGUGUGGCCGGUCCGGAGAAUGACCCGGUGCCGCGUGUUACCUGCACACCGCUGAACUGCCCACCGUUGAUACUGCCGGACAUACUGGACGGUGCUGGAUUCUAAAAGCGGCUAUCGAAGCCACCCUCUUGUACCGUUGACCGACAUCGGAUCCGUAAAGUACAUCCUUUCUUGAGAAACCAAACAUAGGAUGGAAGAUCAACAUGGAAGUCAAUAGUCAGUAAGAUGAGAGCAACUGCAAGGCGUAAAUUUACCCAAAAAAACAAACAUGUAUUUCCCUCAAACAGGGUCAAACGAGCGUUAUUCCGAGCGGAACGUAGACGAAUGCUAGCAUUUAAUUUCCAGUUUCUUGUGCAUUCCAAUUUACGAGUAAAUGUAUUUACCACGAACCAAAAGGACACACUGACAAAAAAAAACAAAAAUCUUCUUGCUGUGAACUGUAGAUUUUGAGUAAUCGUAUCUACUAUUGCUACUAGUGCAUCUAGGAGAAAAAAAAACUUUCUAUGUAGCUAAUUCAAAGGAGUUUAAUGAAGCAUUAAACUGGGUGUCUAAUUCAAAUCAGCUAAACCAAAUACCAUUUGAAACGAGACAGAAAACGAGGUGAUUGACACUAGUGACUAAUAUAAUAGCGAUAUUUAUGAAGCAUAUAUACAAAACUAUACAGUAAGAGCUUAAGCGACGGAAACAGUAUCGAACAGUACUAUUCAUUGAUUCAGUUUAUUACCAACAUAAUAGGUGUGUACAGGAAGUAUCUUCUAUGACGAUACGUUCAUGGAUUCGGUCCUUUAGCCGAUGUAGAAUAGUGUGAUAUCAAAAGCGUAAACAAACCCAAUCAAAAUGUUUUCAUUUUAUGGUAGCAUUACAGGAUAGUAUAGACGUAAGUUGGAAUUGGUUUUUCUGUUCAGUCGGCUAAUCCCGAGCUUAUUUAAGCGUCCGUAUCCAGAUUUAAACCCUUUUCGGUUUCUUAUGCAGCGGGCGUUUAACUCGAACGCCAGUUUAACUCGAAUCGGACGGGUCACGUUCGCACCAUUUAUUUAAAUCGAACACCGAGUUUUUAAAUCAAAUACCUUUUGGAUAUUUAUAUAGUGAGCGUGAAGUUUCGAGCUGGACCGGUCGUAAGCUUCGCCUGAAUUGGCCGCACUCCAGGUUGUCCUAUCCUAUAGGACAGAAUAAAUAUUCGCUUUUAAGCGGUACGGUGGUGGUGCAGUUCUGUGCUGCUGUUUUUUUCAUGUGGCAACGUGGCCAGCUUAUAUCAAUAGCCCGCACUACGGUCGAUGGCGAUUGCUGAACUGAUUCCGCUUCGAUAAGCCAUUCCCUGCCUUUGGAAACAUUUACAAAAUGCUCGGUGUUCGAUUUUGUUUGUGCAUACGAAACGGUAUCCGGUAGUUUGGAAAGAUUUCGAAACUGAAUUUAGCGCACUGCAAAAGAGUCAGAGUAGCAUGUUGAAUGCGGAAAUUAAUGUGUUCAUCUACUUUGAAAUGUUAAUCAGCGCUCCUUUCGGAUUAUAGGUACGCGUUAAAACUGAUGCAGCGUCCUAGAUGAAGUCACUUGAAGAGAAAAUGGUGUUCAAUCGUUAGGCAGCGCAUUCUGCUGGCUAUUGUAUGAAGGUCACGUUCACUUCCUUGCACAAACGUGCUCAUUUGAACCGGAAAAUUCAUACCGUUCGUGAUGUUUUCCAACAAUUCCCAGUCCCACAGCUUUUGCUGGAGUGAAACCGUAUUAGAGGAUGCAUGUUUUGUUACUGCAACUAGUGGAACGAUCCUGCAACCCAUAACUGUUUAAAUCUAUAGAAUAGCGUUUCUAUAGAAAAAAUCCUUUUUAGCGGUGAGUUGUUUUGCGACCCCAAAAGCUCGGUCCCAACAUCAUUACUGACGUAUCAAGAAGGAAUUGUAACAUUUCUGUUAGAACCGAGUACGGAAUUAGUCUUCCAGUGUAUCCUUGUGAAAUGUUACUUAAUAAACCACAUAUCCCUUUCUACCAGGCACAAUUUCAUCCACUCACUGUUUGUAUGGUUUGUUUUAUUAGAAAACUUAAAUCAUGAUUUUUAAAAUUUCCAAGAAAAUAUUUUGUAGAAACCGUAUUUAGUGUAGGAAUAAGUUCGAUAUUUGAACUAAUUGCAAGCAGAAAGCAGCACACUUGAACAAGAUAUAAUCGAAAAUUUGUAACAAAUUAUACUCAAAGCAUCUAAACAGGCACGUUUAAAUACAAUAAACUACACUAAGUGAUUGAUUUAUCACAUUCAAAAUGGAAAACAAUAAAUAGUGACAAGCCAGAGGAAAAAAUCCCACUUUAGUAUACAUAUAUCGAAGCGUGUAUUUCACCAGCUGUUGAAACCAAGACACUAUAAUAGAAAAAAUAAAGAAUCAUGAUGAGACAACGUAGCUAAGUGUGACGUGUUAUCGAUAUGGCAUGCGUGCCUACUGAUAGCAGAUGGAUACGAAAGAAUAGCAAAGGAUGGAGAUGAAACGUGUUAUUGAUCUUUAAGCUAAACUCAAAUACCCCACUUGACACCGACAAGACACUAGUUAAUAUUAAAUUUAACGUGUGAAAUUGUUUGAGGGUGAACGAAAUCAAAAUGUUUCAAAUUAUGUUAAGAAAAAUGAAUCAA